AUGACCGAGGCAAAGACUGAGCAACGCAUGAUCAAGAUCUCGUCUUCGGACAACGAAACUUUCACUGUUCCACGUGAGGUGAUCCGUCUCUCCACUACAAUCAACACUCUUCUCCAGGACCUUGGACUCGAUGACGAUGACUCCAAUGGAGUCACUGAUCCAAUCCCAGUGCAGAACGUGAGCUCCCCAAUUCUGAAGAAGGUUAUCAGCUGGUGCCAAUACCACUAUCAAGAUACUGCUCCAGCCGAUGAUCAGGACAAUCGUGAGAAGCGCACUGAUGACAUCGCCAGCUGGGAUGUCGAGUUCCUCAAAGUCGACCAAGGAACUCUUUUCGAGCUCAUCUUGGCUGCUAACUACUUGGAUAUCAAGGGACUUCUCGAUGUCACCUGCAAAACUGUUGCUAACAUGAUCAAGGGAAAGUCUCCAGAAGAAAUUCGUCGCACAUUCAACAUCAAGAAUGAUUUCACUCCAGAGGAGGAGGAGCAAAUCCGCAAGGAGAAUGCCUGGUGCGAGGAUUAA